GUUGAAAAUUUCGUAUAUAUAAUGAAUGAGUUUUCAUUGAAACAGUAGUUUUUUGGAAAUAAUCGAGGAUGAAGCUGUCCUAUUUGUUAGUUAUAUUUUUUGUUUCGAUUUCCGGAAGUGUGGGCGACGGUGACGAUGAAUUCGCCAACUACACAAUAACUAAACGAAUCCUUCCUAAACAUAUUGCAGUUGGAGUAGCAACUGCUGCUUAUCAAAUUGAGGGCGCCUGGAACCUUGACGGCAAAGGAGAGCAGGUAUGGGAUACAUUCGCUCACGAGCAUCCUGAAAGAUUUGCAGGUAGAGCUAAUGGUGAUGUCGCCAGUGAUUCUUAUCACUUCUAUAAGGAGGACGUGGCUGCAAUGAAAGAAGUUGGAGUAAAUUAUUACAGGUUUUCGAUUGCUUGGUCCAGGAUUCUGCCUGACGGAACUGUUAACAACAUAAAUCAAGCGGGAGUAGACUAUUACGUAAGAGUAUUUAAGGAGCUUGAAGCUAACGGAAUCGAAGCUAUGGUCACUUUGUACCACUGGGAUAUACCAACAGCUCUGGAAAACCAAGGAGGUUGGCUGAAUCCCAAAGUUGUAGACUGGUUUGUGGACUACGCCCGUCUCUGCUACAAACUUUUCGGCAAAUAUGUGAAGUCUUGGGUAACCAUCAACGAACCUAAGCAGAUUUGUCACAGUGGAUACGGCAAUGGAGGAUUUGCACCGGCAAAACCAUCUCCCGGAAUAGGCGAAUACGUUUGCGCUAGACAUGUUCUGCUUGCACACGCGAAAGCUUGGAGGGUUUUUGAUAGAGAGUUCAGAGCCACCUUGAAGAGCAGAAACACCAUCGUCAUCGAUUCUGAUUGGUACGAACCUACUUCGUAUAGUGAAGCAGAUGCUGUUGCUGCCGAAACAAAACGACAAUUUGUGUACGGCAUGUACGCUAAUCCCGUCAUUAAAGGAAACUGGCCACAAGUAAUGAUUGAUAACAUUGCCAGAUUUAGCAAGGCGCAGGGCUUCAACGAAUCUCGCUUGCCACCAUUUUCAGAGGAAGAAGUAGCGUUAAUCAAGGAUACCUACGAUUUCAUAGCUCUCAAUCAUUAUACCUCGUACAUGGUCAGUGCAAUUACCGAUCCGAAUCACGUUGGCGGUGUUAAUUGGGAUGAGGACUCUGGUGUAAAAUCCUACCAAAAAUCAUCUUGGGGGACUGCUGCAGCUGGAUGGUUCAAGAUAGUACCAUGGGGUUUCGGAAAACUUUUGAGAUGGGUCAAGGAAACAUAUGGCGAUAAAGAAAUCGUAAUCACUGAGAAUGGUGUUUCAGACACCACUGGCACUUUGCGGGACCAGCACAGAAUCGAUUAUCUGAGAUCUUACAUGAGCCAUAUGGUGGAUGCGAUUUAUGAUGGCGGAGUGAAUGUAACUUCUUACACGGUUUGGAGUAUAAUCGAUAAUUUUGAAUGGACACAGGGUUUUGGUGCCAAACUGGGCUUGUACUAUGUGAACAUGAGCGACCCAUUGAGGCCAAGGAUAGCGAAAGAUUCUUCGAGAUAUUUGGCGAAAGUGAUAAAAACAAGAUGUUUGUUGGAUUCUUGCUGAGUUUAUACGAAAUUCUUACUAACUCAUGAUCCAAAAGUGUACUGCUUUCAUUAAAUAUGUAUAACAUUC